CCAAGACCAACCAGAGGGCGUAGCGUCGCACGAAAGAGGAAAGAGGAAACAAACACGAGGAACACAAACGGAAAACGAGCCCAGAACCAGGAGGAAUCCCACCAACCGGAAAAUUUCCCCUUCGCGCUCCAGCGCACGCGUGCGCGUUCGUCCUCUUCCUAUUCCCAGCUUCGCGGAUUCGAUCGAAUCUUGCUCGGGGGCGUUCGCUGCCGCGGGCUGGGAUCCCGCUCCAUGGCGGAGGGCUUCGGGCGGUGGGAGUCGGAUCCGCUCUUCCCCGCGGCGGAGUGCGUGCAGGAUUCCGCCGACAGGAUGGAGGGUGUCUACCGCUUGCUUUUGCAUGAAAAGAAAGUUAUACAAGACGAUACUUCAGAUGCAAAACUUCAUGGACCGAUACAUCAUGAGAGAGAUGUGAUUACUGCUCUCGGAACUACCAAGUGGCAGUUGGAGCAAUUUGAGAGGGAGGUGAAUGCAGCUGCAUUCUCUAAUAAGUCAAAUUCAAGGGAAAAUGCAAUCUUAAAGUUUCGCCAAUUCAUUAGAGCUAUAGCUGAGCAAAUCUCCGAGGUGGAAGAAAGCUUGAAGAAUCUUAGGUCAGAUUUCAGUAGAACUCCGAAAUAUCCAUACUCAAGUGAACAGGAUGGAGAUGGUCUGGCAUCUUUUCUUUCUGGUUCCAAAGAUGAUGGUCGUGCAUAUUACUCCACUGAUACAGAUGAAAUUACUGAACUUAAGAGCGACAGCGCACCCAUGGUGAAUGGUUAUCAUUCUUCUCAAGAACAUACGUCAGGUGAAUUCAGAUAUUCAGGAAAUGAUGUGGAAGGAGCAUCCAAACUGCAAUGUUCAUGUGGAGAAGAUCAUUGUGAUAACAGUUUGUGUAGUUUGGAUGAUGAUUCAGUUGGUAGGAACCAUCGUUACAAGAGCAAACUGAGCAGGCAGUGGCGCAGUUUUAUGAGAAACUUAUGGUUUACAAAGAGAGGUCGGGAGAGCUUUACAAAGAGGAGGAAAGAUGGAGAAGCUAUGAAUGGCUUGAGAAAUGGAAAUAUAUUGCCUCCGUUCAAUCUACGUACAUCGGGAAGGGCUAGGUAUUGCUGGCCUGAGCUAAUUAAGAGAAGAUUAAGCAGAUCUGACUACAAUCAUUCUGAAGUUUGUAUAGCAACAUCACUACUGGUUGCAGUAGCUGUCAUUGGCUUGCUGGUUUUGCAUGCCAGGUGACUGCAACCAGUAGUCCUUAUGUAUGUAUCAGUCUGCGCCGGGACUGGGAGUGCCCUUGUGUUCAACCACUGUGGUGCAUCCCACCACUCAAUGUGUGUGAUAGUUCCUGACGAUCGACGAAGAUUGAAGAAGGAUCCAGCUGCUUCGGAUGCCCAUCUGAUCCAGGCAGAGGCUUGCCAACUUUUUUGUGUGCAGCUGACGGCUGUGGUUGGCUCCUCCAUAGUGUGGCCCCAAUACGGGAGCGUGCUGUGAAUUUCCGCCAAUAGUCCAAAAUAUUUUGGGUCGAAAACUACCACGGUGAUGUAAUCGUGCUGUACUAUUUUCUAUGAUGUGGCAUGAUCAAACAAUUGCCAGUUCAAGAUUACUGUACUCUGUGGAUGUUGAUUGUAGCGACCCCUGUUAAUGUAUUCUCCCGAAAAUCAAAGUCCACUUGUUCUUGUUCGGAGUA